CUCAUUCCACCACCGCCAUUUCACUGCCACUGUCACUUUCUGUCAGUCACGUUACGAAUACUGUGCACGUUGCAUAAAAUCACACUACUCUCCCCCCUCCCCCUUGUGGACCACUACAGUUCUACGAAUACGUACACCUACCUAGGUGAAGACCAGCAGACCGCCAAUUCGCUCCUUUUUGGUCUGCAUAUCAUGCUCGCUCUGUCACCCUGAGAUUCGUUCCCUCGAGGUGUUUGUUUCACCGACUGCAAAAUGGCCACGACUACCUCCCCCAGAGACCGAGUAUGGUCUCGAAGAGAAAUCGAAGGACUGAUAGCAGAUGGUCGAAAGAUUUUCAUACUUGACGGUCAGGUGGUCAAGGCUGAUGCCUGGUGCCCGUUUCACCCUGGAGGAGACAAAGCUAUUCGGCACAUGGUUGGAAGAGAUGGGACAGACGAGGUUCGAGCAUUACAUUCACUCGACGCUCAAGCACGCAUGCGGAAAUAUGUUAUUGGGAGAAUCGAGGGUCGUUGGAUCAAUUUCACACCUCCGAUUCAGGGCGGACAUUUCAGGCCGCUGGCCGGAAACGAAGAUCAAGAGGAUGAUACAGGCUCCCAGACCGAUGGCGAUUUGAGUAGUCGCUCAAACACCAGUGUGCCACCGUCUCCCAUCUUCGACGCAGUAGAUGCCAAAGUUCGCAAGACCGAGGGCGGUUCAUCUGUCUACACGACCUCCGCCAAAGACACCGCCGACGUCCAAACAAAUCCCAUCGAAGCAAAGCUUUCUGCAGAGAGGGCUUCUGACAUUUUAAAGUAUCCAUCCCUGGACUACGCUUCUCAGGAUAAGAUCAUCGCCAAAUACCGAGAGCUCGAUGCACGCAUCAAAGCUGCCGGACUGUACGAUUGCACAUAUUCAUCCUACGCCAUCGAAGCGUGUCGAUACUCACUCUUGAUCGCCGGGUUUCUCGUCGCCCUGCAUUAUGGGCACUACGCUAUCGCUGGCAUCUGCCUCGGAGCAGUCACCCAUCAACUUUCGUUCACUGUCCACGAUGCCGGCCACAUGGGAAUCACGCAUAACUUCCAUGUCGACACUUGUAUUGGUAUCUUCAUCGCCGAUUUCCUGGGAGGUUUGUCGGUCGGCUGGUGGAAAUGGAAUCACAAUAUCCACCACAUCGUCACGAACUCUCCUGAACACGACCCCGAUAUCGAGCAUAUGCCGUUCUUCGCCAUCUCAACCCGCUUUUUCGACAGUCUCCGUUCGACAUUUUACGAACACGUCAUGCACUUUGACGCGUUCUCCAAGUGGAUGAUUUCGGCGCAGCACUGGCUGUACUAUCCCUUGCUCUUGUUUGGCCGAUUCAACCUCUACCGUCUGUCGUGGAUGUAUCUCAUCCUUGGCCAAGGGCCCAGGAAGGGCCCUGCGUGGAAAUAUCGGUACUUGGAGAUUGCGGGAAUCAUUUUCUUCUGGACCUGGUAUGGGUACGGUGUUGUGUACUGCUCCAUCCCCAACAACUGGGAUCGAUUUGUGUUCUUCAUGCUCUCGCACAUGGUCACAAUGCCUCUGCACCUCCAAAUCACACUGUCCCAUUUCGCCAUGUCAACUGCGGACUUGGGCGUGCAUGAAUCAUUUGCACAGAAGAUGCUUCGUACGACAAUGGACGUCGACUGUCCUACCUGGUUGGACUUCUUCCACGGCGGCCUGCAGUUCCAGGCCGUCCACCACCUGUUCCCGCGCAUCCCGAGACACAACUUGCGCAAGGCACAGGACUACGUCCGGGAGUUUUGCGAAGAAACCAAUAUUCCGUACGUGAUCUAUGGCUUUGGCGAGGGCAACAAAGAGGUCAUUGGACGCCUGGGAGAGGUGGCUAAGCAAGUCAAGGUUUUUGAAGAGUGCAAAAAGGCCUGUGUCAAGGACAUCGCUGAAGGGCGUGGUCUUGAUCACUGAGCGAAAGAAGAUUUGGGGGUAGGAGUAGACUUUCCUGUCCUGGCGUUUUUGGAAGUCUGGUGUGGCGGCAUGGCUUGUUUCCUGACGCAGGUAAUUCACGUUUCUAGCCUACCUAAGGUAGGUAAAGAAGCGUAUCAUAAUGAUCAGAUGAGGCCAAGAUUAGAUAUAUUUAUACAUAUAUAAAAUUACAACAAAUGUACAUAGGAUAGGUUAUUGCAUCCUAGCAAGUCUUUAGGAAUGAAUGAAGGAAUAGCAAAG